UUAUAUUGACGCGCUGAGCGUUAGGAGAUCCGGGAAGAAUUAUAUAUGUCACGUGUUAUUCAUCAGGUGACGCUUAUUCAUAGUAUAGUCCUGCAUGUUGAGCCAUGACCGGAUCUAUUAGCCUGCUCAGGAUGGCACAAGUGUAUUCCCCCAGCAGCCCUCGGUGAUCGAUUAGUCUAGACUGAAGUUGGUUUCGAAAACAAGAGAUUUAUUCCACCGCACGGUAAGUUUUACUGUAUCCAUUGACCCCACCAACUUGUCGUGCACUAUCAAUCCUCUUAAACCAAUGGCUUUCACCGCGACCUCUCUUCGUCAGCUUUCCAAGCCCUUGAUUCUUGAUGGCGGUUUGGGCUCGGAGCUCGAAUUACUCCAUCCCCCCGCGAUGCAUCACAAGCUCUGGUCAGGUCUCACUCUCAUCCUGCAGCCGGAGAUCAUCACUCGCAUUCACUAUUCCUAUAUCGCUGCUGGUUCAGAUAUCGUCACCACCUCGUCCUACCAGGCUCUGGAGCUCGGCUUGCUUGAACACGGGGCAGAUUUUGGCAUUGACACCCCCCAAAAGUGUGCUGUCAUCUUUGAUAAGAGUAUCGCUUGUGCGGUGGCUGCGGUUGACCAGUGGGUGGGAGAAAACCCCGAUACCCCGAGAAUGAGGCCCCUCGUGGCUGCUGCCAUUGGACCCUACGGGGCGUAUCUCGCCAAUGGAGCAGAGUACACCGGUGACUACGGAUCAGUAACGGCGGCGGAGCUCAAAAGAUUCCACGCUUUGCGCUUGGUGACAUUUUUGAACAACAGAGACGUGGAUCUCUUGGCGUUCGAGACGUUUCCCAACGUGGUUGAGUUCAAAGUGUGUAUGGAGUUGCUUGAGGAGAUGACCCAAGCGUUGGGGGUCAGCAAGCCGUUCUACGUUUCGUUCAACUACCGUUCGCCUACCCAGAUAUGUGACGGCACUCCUAUCGCAGAGGUGGUGAGCUACCUUGCUAAGAAGCCCCUUGUCUCUUUGAUUGCCAUCGGUGGUAACUGCGUCUCGCUUGCCAUGGUGCCGGCGUUGCUUCAGAGCCUCAAGGGCUUGGUGGGUGGGACACUCCCGCUUUUGGUGUACCCUAAUUCGGGUGAGAUUUAUGAUGGCACCACCAAGGAAUGGCACGAAAAUGAUGACAAAGACUGUAAGUUUACAAAGGAGGGACUCAACGCGUGGUAUGAUGCGGGUGUGAGGUUGGUGGGUGGAUGUUGUCGUACGGGGCCGAAAGAUAUCCGACUCAUGCGCGAGAGCUUUGAAUAGUGAGUAGGUCAGUUUGGAAUAGCGUAGAAUGCUACUAACGGAAAAUGAGCUGAAUGACGUAGAUACGAAAACAUCCAUUUUACAGACCC